AUGUCGAAGCGACCGCUGACACGAGCGCCAAAGGCUGCCAAACUCCGCACAUGCCUCGACUUCAUUGAUCGGAAGACUCGGCAAGAACACCCCCCCGGCACAAGCAAGCAUCAUGACGGCUAUGUCUACGAUCCGAACUUGGAGAUUGCCGAUCUGCUUAGAGUCCUUGACCGCGCCAAGAAGACUCCUCAGCGAAAGAAGUUCAACAUGGCGAUAGUCGGAAAUCAAGGUGUUGGGAAGAGCUCCACAAUCAACGCUCUCAUGAAUCGUGAUUUGGUCGACGCAUCCGUAAGUUCGAGCGCGUGCACAGCAUUUGCAACCAUCAUCGAGUACAAGGACGGCGCUUGCGAUGACGCCGAACAAAGUGGUGUCAAGGUCACCUACCUGGAACUUGGUGACAUCCACGACUUCAUGCAGGAGCACAUCCGCCGCUAA